UUGCUUUGCUUCCAAUGUACCAACACAAACCAAAUAGACGAUGAAGAAAGUUAGGACUUGUCCUAAGGUUUCAUUCUACCUCAAAAGGCACAAGUGAAAAACUUAAUUAAUGGCCGAAAGAAAGGAAAUGCAAAUUGCAUGCAUGCUAUUUUGUGCCUCAGGAUUCCUGUCUAACUGGAAAUCCUCUGCGUAGGACAUCCUCGUCAAGCUAAACAAGGUCACCUUUGUCCAAACCCCCAUCUAAACUUUAACUUAAACUACAAGUAAAUUUAUCUCCGGACCAUGAAGAAUAUUUUAUAUUCCUCUUCUUCAUGCAGUAUAUAUAUAACAACAUUUUAGGGUCUGUUUUGAUAUUAACGAGACACGAAUUUAUUAAGUACAAGAAAUGGCAGAUUCUAAUUCAGGUAUCAGAGAGAUCGUGUUCUUCGAUUUAGAAACGAAUGUGCCUAAAAGAAGUGGAGAGCAAUUUUGGAUUUUGGAGUUUGGUGCAAUUGUUGUUUGUCCGCGUAAACUUGUUGAGCUGGAGAGCUAUGUAACGCUGAUUAGGCCGGGUGAUCUGUCGGUGGUUGCAUUAAGGCCAGGAAGGUGUGGUGCAAUUACGCGUGAAGCUGUUGCCAGUGCACCUUCAUUUGAAGAAGUUGCAGACAAGAUAUUCAAGAUUCUUGAUGGCAGAGUAUGGGCAGGGCAUAAUAUUCAGAGAUUUGAUUGUGUGCGUGUGAAGGAGGCGUUUGCAAGUAUUGGGAGGCCUGCGCCAGUGCCAGCUGGGAUGAUCGAUUCCUUGGGAGUUCUGACGCAGAAAUUUGGGAGAAGAGCUGGGGACAUGAAGAUGGCAAGUCUGGCAACUUACUUUGGGCUCGGACAACAGAAGCAUAGGAGCCUAGAUGAUGUGCGCAUGAAUUUGGAAGUCCUCAAACAUUGCGCAACUGUUCUGUUUCUGGAGUCGAGCCUUCCAAGUUUAUUGAAUGGAAGCUGGCAUGAUGGGCCAACUGUUCAAACCAGAAGCAGAAGUUUACUGGACCCGAAAACAUAUAAUAAUUCUAGCACAUUGAAAGAUCAGCUGCAUAAAUCUUCAAAUAUGAUCACAACAAGAAGACCGAGUAGCGACUAUGGUAAAUUGCCAUGCAGAGAGGAAGUUAGCAGGAAAUCUCCUCCGGCUACAACACUUAAUCAUCAUCAGAGACCUUUUCCCUACAGUACCAGGGGAAGUCUCAGAAAGGUAACAGAGAGAGUGAAGAUAAACCAUGUUCUGAGUAAUAUUCUCAGGCAUUCACAUUCAUUACUCAGAUAGCGGCGAGAACCUAUAAAUAUUUGGUUGUGGCAAGCUAAUCAUCUAAUAGAGAGAAAGAAACCAGGAUUUCUGAACUUCAUAGAAUUAUUUUUACUUGGAUAUAAAGGAUUAUGCAAUGGAAGUGGCUCAAAUCACUGUCUCUACUCUUGAAACUUGAUGGAGAUUGGUUUAAUUGGUCUCCACCCCAUUGAUCUAACAGCGCAGACAAUAACUCAUUCGUUAAUUUAUUUGCUUAAUAGUUAAUUGGUUAUAUUUUCUUGUAACAUUGGGAAGAAAAAAUAUUCAUGAUUAACUGCUUGUGAGUUCUUUAAACUCAUGUACAUAGCUGAAAAAAACAACAAGAUUUUUACUGUAAAGCAUUUAAGGAAAUUCAUAUAUUCAUGA